AACAUAAUGUGAUGUGUAAGGAUUGCAUCUUCUAUUUCAUCAGUGACGAUGCAUUAAUAGCAAAAUUGUAAUGGAAAAAAAGUAUAAUUUCAAAACAAAAAGAUUAAUUGGAUUUAUCCUAUUUCAACCUUUUUUCAUUGUCUGAAAAUUACUUAUUAAUUAUGAGGGAUAAAUAGUAUUUGUUAAUAACAAAUCGCUAUUGUUAAAACAAAUCUAUUAUAAUUUUCAUGAUACUUGAUUUCUUGAUUGACAACAUCUUUGUAAGGUUUGGAGGAUGUGUUUUUCAACAGACAAUCGUCGUUUUGGGAACUUUAAUAGUGUACUUCUAUUCUAUAUGAGGCAGUCUUUAUGUAAUAUCUUUUAAUGGAGAAUAUAAAGAAGCUAGCAUGAUCCUUUACGUUACGAUUCGCUAUAUAUAUAUGAUGUCCUUCCACUAAAUAAUCCUCAGUUUCGUGAUUAUAUAAACGCAUCUAUCCCAUCGAACCUAUAUAUGUUAAAACAAAGAAUACAACCGAUACAGUUAAUUCUGCUUCACAUCUUGACUUACAUCUAGAAAUUGACAAUUAGGGUCGGUUGAAAACAUAACAUUACGACAAAAGAGAUGAGUUUAGCUUCCCAGAUGAGAACAUUUCUAUAUAGCAAACGUCUAUAUGCAUAGUGCAUGCAUAUGCAAAGUUGACUGUUAUGGAAAGAUGACGAAGGAUGUGUUACAAUCCCGUCCCAUUUUUCUCGAGUGUGACCUACCUAAUUAGACUUAUCACCGAGUUCAUACUUUCAUAAAGUGUUAUUUUCAUUUAAAAUCAUUUAUAAGCUGAAUAUUCAAACUUUUCAUUCAAAUGGACAAAUAUGCAUUGAUUCAAAGUUCAAAUUUUGAAUGGUAUAUUCAUAUAAUUAGUUUCUACGUUGUUUUAGUAUGACACUAGAUGAAAUUCUUUGUUUUAGUUUUGCAGUCUAAAAUAUUGUAGAGAAAUGUUAAAACAGUCUACUGAUUUCUAUUUCAGGCAUAUAUUUUGCUGUCUUUGUAUUAUAUUCUUUAUUAAAGAUAGGAAGGAAAGACAUAGCGAGAGAGAAUUUGAACAAUCGCAGUAUAUCAACAAAAACUUGAGGGAUAUUGUAAAUCAAAUUAGAAAAACCUCAAAAACAUCAGUGCAGCCAUUGAAUAAUCUUACUUCUUCUUAUAGGCUUCUAAAACAUCCGCUCCAAAAGAAAUGUAUAUCUCACAUAUGCGGAUCUGUUGAUAUAAUCUACCUUGUAAAAUCUUCCGUGUUGAAUUUUAGUCAGAGAAUCGCCAUUCGUGAGACAUGGGGCAACAACACAGGAAUGCGUACGUUGGCGAUAUUCAUCCUCGGAUACAGUGAACCUUUCCAAUCAUUAAUUGAUAUUGAAUCAAAACAUCACGAAGAUAUUCUACAGUUCGAUAUGCAAGAUAUAUAUGAUAAUCUCGUGUUUAAAACUGUUUUCUCAAUUGCUUGGUUAUGUGAUAUUAACAUCCAGGCAAAGUUUAUACAUUUCGUGGAUGAUGAUAGGAUGAUCAAUCCACAAAACCUUUUAAACUUGGCGAUUAAAAGCAUACCAUUGUUCGAAAUGAAAAUGGUAGGGUUUAAAGUUACUUCUGCAAAACCGUAUCGCAACAAUUCUUCCAAAUGGUAUAUAUCAGUAAACGAGUAUGAGUUUGAUGUCUGGCCUCCAUAUUUGAUUGGAGGAACAGCAGUAACAAAUAUGAUGGUAAUAAAAACACUAAGGGAAGCGAUACCUUAUUCCAAAGUUAUUAGAAUAGAAGAUGCUUAUAUUGGAAUACUAGCAAAUAUGCUAAAUAUAAACGUGGAACAUAAUGAAGGUUUUUUGCCAGUUUAUGUACCUGGCAGUGAAUUGAUUCAUAAGAUAUCAAGUCCGGAUUAUAAAAGUUACGAUAUCAUGAGUAGGGAAUGGAAAGCAAUAAACUCUCAUUUUGAAUAUUAGUAUAGAGAGUAAUAUGGUUUACAGUGAAAUUAUUGUGAAAUUUCCAGCUAUUGUUUUAAACUUUCUUUGUACCAACAUGCUAUUCAAAGAGACAAUAUCACACAGAUAAAGCCCCAAACAACAUCGUUUGUGUGUGUAAAACUCAUUACAUUAACUGCUUGAUAAACGAAUAGGUAUUGACAAUUCACUUAGAAACCCAACAUAUACCCUCAUGACACUUACCAUAGAGGAAAUCCUGGAUAAUCAUAGGUCUGUUCUAUGUUCCUUUGGAAUUUCAACCAAAGAUGAUGAACUGGAUCUUCCAUCACUGUAUUGGAUACCUAAACUGCAUAAGUGUCAUUACAAACAACGGUAUAUUGCUGGGUCUUCCAAGUGCUCCACGAAACCUCCGUUUAAAUUUUUAUAUAUUUUAUCAGCCAUCAAAGACGGGCUUCAAAGUUAUUGUGAAACUGCCUAUUCUAGAGGUGGCGUGAAUCAGAUCUGGAUACUUAUAUAAAAAAGAUCUUUUAGAGUACAUACAAUCUAACUCUCUUUCAUCUUGUAAUAGUAUUAAAACAUUUGACUUUUC